CCGACUGAUUACGUAGCGGGCGGGGCCGGAAGUGCCGCUCCCUGGUGGGGGCUGUUCAUGGCGGUUCCGGGGUCUCCAACAUUUUUCCCGGUUGUGGUUCUAAAUCUGUUGGCAGCGGAGGCACCGGAGCUUGAGGUUCUUGCUGGUGUGAAAUGACCGAGUACAAACUGGUGGUGGUUGGAGCAGGUGGUGUUGGGAAAAGCGCGCUGACCAUCCAGCUAAUCCAGAACCACUUUGUAGAUGAAUAUGAUCCCACCAUAGAGGACUCUUACCGAAAACAGGUGGUUAUAGAUGGUGAAACCUGCCUCUUGGACAUACUGGAUACAGCCGGUCAGGAGGAGUACAGUGCCAUGAGAGACCAGUACAUGAGGACAGGCGAAGGUUUCCUCUGUGUAUUCGCCAUCAAUAACAGCAAGUCAUUUGCAGAUAUUAACCUCUACAGGGAACAGAUUAAGCGAGUAAAGGACUCAGAUGACGUACCUAUGGUGCUAGUAGGGAACAAGUGUGAUUUGCCAACAAGGACGGUGGACACAAAACAAGCCCACGAACUGGCCAAGAGUUACGGGAUUCCAUUUAUCGAAACCUCAGCCAAGACCAGACAGGGUGUUGAAGAUGCCUUUUACACACUGGUAAGAGAAAUACGUCAGUACCGAAUGAAAAAACUCAACAGCAGUGAUGAUGGCACUCAAGGUUGCAUGGGGUUGCCGUGUGUGGUGAUGUAACAGAUACUUUUAAAGUUCUAGCAUCAGAAAAGAGCCACUGUCAAGCUGCACUGACACCCUGGUCCUGACUUCCUGGAGGAGAAGUAUUCCUGUUGUUAUCUUCAGUCUCACAAAGAAGCUCCCACUACUUCCCCAACUCUCAGUAGAUCAGUACAAUAUUCUCUUUUAAGAAGUUCUCAGAAUAACUACCUCCUCACUUGGUUGUCUGACCAGAGAAAUGAACCUCUUGUUACUCCCCAGUACUUUUCCAGCCUGCGUUCUCCCCAAACACACAGAGACACACCUCUGCCACCCCAGGUUUUUCAUCUGAAAAGCAAUUCUUGCUCUGAAACAGAGAGCCAAACUGUAGAUGUGAUGUUCUAUGGAAAACAAUGUUUUGAGCGCUAAAGUAGCAACUGCUGGGUAUUUUUUUGUUUUUGUUUUUACUUUUGAACUUGGAAGUCGGUUGGUUUCUGGAGAAGUGUCACACAUUGCUGUUUUGCUGGGAAUAUAGUUGAUGUUGCUGUUUGGUUUGUCUGUCGAGUUGUCGGCUAUAUUCUAUUAACUGGCAUCUGCGCUGUAUUCAGAAAUACAAAAAUGAAUACAGACUUUGGAGUCUAUGCUAGUCUUCUUGACUUUCAUGCAAUUAAAUCUAACUUUCACAUUGAA